GACUCCCCCCCCAGGCAAACUGCCGCACAUAUUUACAAUCGUCCUCUUUUCUACACCAUAAGAUUUGUGUCUGUAUUAGAGCGGAAGCAUUGAAUGCUGCAGCAUCGAGGGAUUGCCAUUAUCCCCCAAACAAACCCAGAUUUCUGAUUCUGGAGUGGAGAUGUGAUCCGUGCGGUUUCUGGCCAUCGGCCGAUGCCAUUUCUGAUGUCAGAUGUUCACCUGACAGUGAUUGCAAUACUUCGGUAGAAACUGGGCACUCGCCUGCAAAACUUUGUUUACAAGUAGUGGCUGUGAAGUCGUAUUCUUGUUCAUUUUCUCAAUUUAUGACGAGCUUCCAACUUUAGAAGUCUAGGUUUUACAUGAACAUGUGACCGGAAAGUGACGAAGGAACGAAGUGGAAGGGUUGUGUGUGUGUGUUUGUCCAUGAGCUCGUCACUGUUGGUUUCAUACCCCACAUAUGAAUGGUUUGGUAAUGUAAUUCGGUUUCUCGAGGUUGUUGAGGAGGAUCAAACCUUUGUGCGGCGGUGUUUGAGAUGAAGAUACUUGGGUUUUCAUUGACAUGUGUCCUGCUGGUGUCCUUGGAGUGGUUUGCACAUGGGGUGGUGGGGGAAAGAUCACUCCGAAGUCUGAAGUUCCAAGCGUCGAAUCUCUUUCCGGAGAGUUUUGAUUGGGACCGAGUUCGCGACCGGUUUCUGAUUGGGUCGGCUGCGAAGGGCACGAUUUCGGAGCUCGCCAGCGAUGGCUCCUUCAAGGAGUUUGUGCGGGACGAGGAGUUUGCUGGGAAGGUAGCCUUUGGAGGAUUGAUAGUGGAUAGUAGACGCAAUCGAGUUAUCGUCACUGUGCAAGAUAUUGUCGAUUGGAAUUUUAGUGGGGUUGCAGCCUACGAUUUGGACUCCGGGAAGAGGCUGUACUUCGCCCGCUUGGGCGGCCUCGGUGUGGCCGAAGGGGAGAAAGCAUGUGCCAACGACGUUGCAGUCGACUUCAAGCCCGGGAAUGUCUACGUAACCAACUGCCGGCAGAAUUUUAUCUGGAAAGUGACGAAGGAAGGAACGCCAUCCGUGUUCGUAAAGCACGAAACUUUUACCUCUCAACCGUCUAUCUCAUCGGAUGUGACUUGGUGUGGAUUCAAUGGCAUAGUUUACGAGCCGGGCAAACACCUCCUUGCCGUGCAAACGAACUCUGGGGCAUUGUUCCGAAUAGGUGUAGAGGAUCAGAGUGUUCACUUGGUAAGCAUGAAAGACAAGCUACCGGGGGCUGACGGUAUGGUGCUUCGAGAAGACGGCACUCUUGUUGUAGUCUCUAGGGAGAAAGUCUGGCUUGUGGGCAGCGCCAGCAACUGGAUGGCGGCGAAUGUAGUUGAUGUUGUGCCACUCAAUGCCACGGAUUUCGCCACAGCUGCCGCCAUCAAAAAGGGUGCAACAUUCGUGUUGCAUGCCCAUCUCGGGGACUUGUAUGCAAAGCAAACGCGAGACGAAUUCGAGGUGCAGGAGAUUGAGUUCCCAGCUGAGAUUGGCGACAAUGACCCCGUGUGGUUGAUUCUUCUCAUUCUGGCCUUUGUUGUGGUCGUGUCGCUAUGGAGAUUUCAGGUUUCCUACUUCUACGACAAUUACCGGCGCAAGAGAGCGUGAUCGACCUGCUUCCGAUUGUGUCCGACACUCAUCUCGUUCGACUGAAACUGAAUUGUGUGUCUUUUUUCUUUUCCUCUGGUCAGUUUGCUUGCAACUGUUGUAUAGUAGUUUAAUAGUGCAAGUUUGUCAGAUUAGUGUUUUUUUUGUAGACACACAUAUUUAUAAAUAAAUAUUUGCGAUUUACAAUUUAAAUCUUA